AUUUCACAUUUCUGAAGAAAUUGUUUAGAGAUCAAAUAGCGCUGCCACCAGUGACGUCAUGACGUCGAGUGACGCAGUUGACAUCAAUUUGAAUAUUCCGUGUCCAGGCAACGUGUGUCAGUCCGGAGCAGCUGAACCGACCCGCAGCAGUGAGAACCGAACGAGUCGCCAUGAACGGCGUGCACAGUUUGAUUCGGGGUGUCCGCAGAGUGACGCCCGCCCUGGGCCGUGCAGUGCAUUCUGGGACAAGUGCGUCCUAUUCGGUGGCGUCCAGAGCGAAACACGAGGAGCGUUCGCUGACGUCAGAGGAGGUGUACGCCCGCGAGGAUCGAUACGGCGCUCACAACUAUCACCCGCUUCCUGUGGCGCUGGAGAGAGGAGAGGGGGUGCACUUGUGGGAUGUGGAGGGUCGCAGGUAUUUUGAUUUCCUCAGUGCGUACAGCGCUGUCAAUCAGGGUCACUGUCACCCGAAAAUCAUCGCGGCCCUGACGGCUCAAGCGUCCAGACUAACGCUCACCUCCAGAGCGUUUUAUAACGACGUCCUGGGCGCUUACGAGCAGUUCAUCAGCACGCUGUUCGGAUACGAUAAAGUCCUGCCCAUGAACACGGGUGUGGAGGGCGGAGAAACGGCCUGUAAACUGGCCCGUAAGUGGGCGUACACUGUCAAGGGCGUUCCCAAAUAUGAAGCCAAGAUCAUUUUUGCAGAUGGGAACUUCUGGGGUCGGACGAUGGCGGCGAUCUCCAGCUCAACGGACCCCAGCAGUUACGAUGGGUUCGGCCCGUUCAUGCCUGGAUUUGAGCUCGUCCCGUAUAAUGACAUACCUGCACUGGAGAAAGCGUUGCAGGAUCCGAAUGUGGCAGCGUUCAUGGUGGAGCCCAUUCAGGGUGAGGCGGGUGUCGUGGUUCCUGAUCCGGGUUACCUCACCAAAGUCAGAGAACUCUGUACUAAACACAGUGUUCUGUUCAUCGCUGACGAGGUUCAGACGGGUUUGGCUCGUACAGGUCGUCGUCUGGCUGUCGAUCAUGAAGCUGUGAGACCUGAUAUAGUGGUGCUGGGAAAAGCUCUGUCAGGAGGCGUGUAUCCUGUGUCUGCUGUGUUGUGUGAUGAUGAUGUGAUGUUGACCAUUAAACCAGGAGAACACGGAUCAACAUACGGAGGAAACCCUCUCGCCUGCAGAGUCUCUAUCGCCGCCCUGGAGGUUCUGGAGGAGGAGAAUCUGGCAGAGAACGCAGAGCGGAUGGGUCAGAUCCUCCGCGCGGAACUCGACAAACUGCCGCGAGAGGUGGUGAGCGCGGUGAGAGGGAAAGGACUCCUGAACGCCAUCGUCAUCAGAGAGACUGAAGAUUAUGACGCCUGGAAGGUGUGUCUGCGUCUCCGUGACAACGGGCUGCUGGCCAAGCCUACUCACGGUGACAUCAUCAGAUUUGCCCCGCCCCUCGUGAUAAAAGAGGACGAGGUCAGAGAGUGUGCGGACAUCAUCAGCAGAAGCAUCAUGUCGUUCUGAGACAUGUUUGUGAAAUUCUGUGACGUUUACUUUUUAAUUUCUUCAAAGGAAAAAUAAUGAAGUCAUAUUUAAAACAUAUUUUAAUGGUUGUUUUUCUAUAUAUAAUUUGAUGCACUUGAAUAGAAAUAAUCGAGUUUUGUCGCUGUAAUGAGGAUCGUGCACUAGCAUGAUUACACGAGCAUCAUGUGUGUGCUUCAAUCCUGCUGCGUAUAUAUGAAAUGAUAUUUUAAAGACAGAUCAUUGAGAAGAGACUGAAGACAUUCAGAGUUUGUGUCAUGUUCUGCAUUGUGUGUUUUACUCAUUUAACAAACAAUCUGUGAAACGAUACAUGAAUGUUAAACAAGUGUGUGUGUGUGUGUCUGUGAGUGAGUUAGUGUGUCUGUGUGUGUGUGUGUGUGUGUGUGUGUGUGUGUGUGAGUGUGUGUAGUGUGUCUGUGUGUGUGUGUGUGUGUGUGUGUGUGUGUGUGUGUGUGUGAGUGAGUUAGUGUGUCUGUGUGUGUGUGUGUGUGUGUGUGUGUGUGUGUGUGUGUGUGUGUCUGUGAGUGAGUUAGAGUGUGUGUGUGUGUGUGUCUGUGAGUGAGUUAGUGUGUCUGUGUGUGUGUGUGUGUGUCUGUGAGUGAGUUAGAGUGUGUGUGUGUGUGUGUCUGUGAGUGAGUUAGAGUGUGUGGUUGUGUGUGGGUGUGUUUGCGCUUGUGUGUUAGUGUGUGUGUUGUGCGUGUGUGAGUGAGUUAGUGUGUAUGUGUGUGUGUGCGUGUGUGUGUGUGUGUGUGUGUGAGUGUGUGAGUGAGUGUGUGUGUGUGUGUGUGUGUUUGCGCUUGUGUGUUAGUGUGUGUGCGCGUGUGAGUGAGUUAGUGUGUGUGUGUGUGUUAGAGUGUAUAUAUAUGUUUGUGUGAGUGAGUUAGUGUGUGUGUGUUUGCGCUUGUGUGUAGGGUGUGUGUGAGUGAGUUAGUGUGUAUGUGUGUUAGAGUGUAUAUAUAUGUUUGUGUGUGUGUGUGUUUGCUCACACAUCACUGAUGAUGUUUUACGUUUGUUGUCUAAUAAAUGUUCUCUUCGAUAUGUUUUCUAACAGUUUCUGUUUAAGAUGUUUUUUUUUUAGACAUUUUGAUGUAUGUAAACAUUGAUUGUGUCAUUAUUUACUUUGACAUUUGUUCUUCAUAUGUUUGAGUGAGUAAAGUGAUCUUGUGCUACACACUGACUGAGAGACGAGAUCUUCUGAACAUGAUGCGUUCACUUUCAUGAUCGUUAUUUACAUUUGUAAAUGUGUUUUUAUAUAAACAGCUGUGCUCAAUACAUCCUAUCAUGA